AGAUAUCAUAGAAAAGUGAUGAACUUUCUCUAUUUUGUUAUGGUACAGAUAAACCCUGCUUACAAGAUCAUUAUAAAUUAAAAUUUUUAAAUAAAAUAAUAUAUUAUUGCCUUAGCUUUUAUAUUUUGUGUGAAUUACAUACAUACAUACAUAUAAAUAUAAGUUAAUUAAAGAAUUUCAUAAACUCAUCUUAAAAAAGAUUGCAAAAAUAUAAAAAAUAAGUACGUUAUUGAUUUAAUUUAUUAUUAGAAUACAGAUAUAAAUGUACAUUUCAUACUCAUUUUCAACUAGCAAUCGAUUUCUAAUAUAAAUAUAUUUUAAGCUUGA